AUCACAAAAAAAAAAAACAGCCUCGUUUCUCAACCACGCCCACAGAAACCUCUGAAAUUCCAGUCGACGUACCCCACGCUUGACACACACAGAUUCUCUCUCCCGCUAUAAAUCUCUCUCACCGCUACCAGUUUCCAGAGCUGAAAAAUGGAAGCAGCAGCCACGGCGAGCUUUGUCCACUCAUCAGUCGCGGCCUUCAGGCCUUCCAAUUCAGUCGGAAGGUCGCCUCUUCUGAUGGGCCCCAAGUUUCUGCCUUUGGGACCUUUGGGUGCCAAAUCUCACUCCUCCAUCAAGCAGCAUCAAUUGGGUUUUGGAAGGAGGAGGUGCUUGGUUGUUAGGGCGGCGUCUUCGUCUUCAGACUCUGGUGGUUCUAGUGCUCCAAUUGCUCCACUUCAGCUGGAGUCUCCGAUUGGUCAGUUUUUAUCUCAGAUGAUGAUAAGCCACCCGCAUCUUGUGCCUACUGCUGUCGAGCAGCAGCUGGAACAGCUCCAGACGGCCCGCGAUGCUGAGGAAAAGAAGGAGAAGGAAGAGGCUUCCGCGUCGGGCACUGAUCUUGUUUUAUAUAGGAGAAUUGCCGAGGUUAAAGCUAAUGAAAGGAAGAAGGCUCUCGAAGAGAUAUUAUAUGCGUUGGUGGUGCAGAAAUUCAUGGAUGCUAAUGUUUCUUUGGUACCCUCUAUUGCCCCGGCUGCUUCAGACCCUUCUGGCCGAGUUGAUGCAUGGCCGAGUCAGGAUGACAAGCUUGAGCGACUGCAUUCUCCUGAAGCCUACGAGAUGAUUCAGAAUCACCUGUCUCUGAUCCUAGGGAAUCGGUUGGACGACUCGACCUCUUUAGCGCAGAUAAGCAAGCUCAAAGUGGGGCAGGUUUAUGCGGCAUCUGUAAUGUAUGGAUACUUCCUCAAGCGGGUUGAUCAGAGGUUUCAGCUUGAGAAGACAAUGAAGAUCCUUCCAGGUUCACUGGGCGGAGAAGACAGUGAUAUUGAAAAGGCAGUGGGUGAGGACAAGAGGCUUGGUGGUGUGGAUAAUUCAGCUUCCCAUCCUGAAGUGUCUUCUUGGUCUGGGGGCUUGGGUUCUGGAGGUUUUGGUAACUUGAUCAAACCAUCUCGCUUGAGAACCUAUGUUAUGUCUGUUGAUGGAGAGACCCUCCAAAGAUAUGCAACAAUCAGAUCAAGAGAGGCUGUUAGCAUCAUUGAAAAGCAUACCGAGGCAUUGUUUGGGAGACCUGAUAUUGUUAUAACUCCUCAGGGGACAGUUGAUUCUUCCAACGAUGAACACAUCAAAAUCAGCUUUGGUGGUUUGAAGAGACUUGUUCUGGAAGCUGUGACUUUCGGUUCUUUCCUCUGGGAUGUUGAGAGCUAUGUGGAUUCCAGGUACCAUUUUGUUACAAACUGAGCACAGAGUCGAGUUAAGAUCCUGCCAUAGUGAACUACAUAUGUGGUGGAGGCAUAACUGAACUGACCUACUUAAAAAAAAAGGGGAUAGUUAAAGUCCCAGAAGUAGUGAAAAUACCAUGUACUUGGUACUCUGUAUAUAACAUGUUUAAGAUUUAGUCUUUGUCCCAGGUGUUGGGUGGUAGUUCAGGAAUUUGUUGGACCUCCACUUUUAAGUGUGGCAAGUCUAUUGUUCAGCAAGAUUGAUUUGUUUCUUAGAUGAGAACAGCUUUUUCUUUCAUCAUCAAUAUUAACUAGUUGCAAAAAC